GGAUAUUUUUAUCUGUUUUAUAAACCUAUAAAAAAAGAAAAAAAAGAAAUGACUCCUUUGUUAACUGUCCGUGCCUCUCUUGGCCUGUUGGAGGCAGUGACAGCUCUCAUUGUUUGGUCUCUCCUGGAAUGUGAGGGCAGGUGAAGUGUGAGUGGGUUGUGUAACUGCACUGACAGUAUGAAGUGGGCGGAGCCUCUGUGAUAUUACUCACAGUGGGGUGAGUAUAAGUAGACGUCCUGGCUGCAGCAUGAACACAAAGCACCUGUUGCUCCUCUGAAGGGUCCACACAAACAACUCUUCUUCUUCUUCUUGAACUUCAGCUCUCUGAGGGUGACUACUGCUGCUCUAAAGCAUCAUCAGACAAUCCAGAACGAUGGCUUCAUUCCUGUGCAAGACUUUGGUUUUAUUCAUCAUCUGCAUGGCUCUGCAAGAGGGUAAGUUGCCUAACUUUGCUAUUCUGUAGGAUGUUAUGUCGAUUCAUAUAUUUGUGACAAUUUUUGCUGAUUUUUGUGAGGCAUCGUAGUCUAAAAGACACAAUUUUUUUGGAAGAAAUACAGAAAAAUUUAAAUGUCUUUAUGUCAGAAAAGCAUUGCCAAAGUAACAAAGUGCAUUGCUGUAUUUGAUUGAUUGAAUACAGACAGUAUCCAGCCAUCUGUUAAGUCAAACAAAGAGCUUAAAUUUAAUUAUAUGAAAAAGCAUUUUACUAAUUUUAGUUUAAAUUGUGUUCAUGCACAAACGAAAUAAAAAAAAAACAGAAAAGAAAUUCAAGAAAUUUCUUUGACGAUGAACACAAAAGGUUUGAAACGAGCUGUGUUCAAACUUCCAGAGAAUGUUUGCUUUUAGCGUAGGUUUUGUAGUAAAUAAUUAUUAAUAAACCCUUUUUGUUCAACCUGCAGAGGUGUUUGUCCUCUUUGACCCAUUUGAAAUUCAUCACUGCACAUUAAACUGCACAAGUGUUUGGGUUUCUUUGUGUUUACAUGUGAUAAACACUCACUCAGUCAAGGCCAGAAAGCAUUAAUGUGCACAUUUUAAUCUUGGCUUCUUUGUUGAUUACCAGGUUGUGGUUUUCCUGUAUCAGACCGGGAAGAGCUGCCAGCUCAGGCUAAACAUCCACACCGCGUGAGGACCAAACGCUGCUCCUGCAGCAGCUGGGAUGAUAAAGAAUGCAUCUACUUCUGCCACCUGGAUAUUAUCUGGGUCAACACUCCAAGGUGAGACCACAGAGGACAUUGAGGGGACACUAAGAUUGCCUGUAAAUUAAGUGAUUUACAACUCCAGUUAAACAGCAGUUGGGACUUUCUUUAAGUGCUCAUAAAAUCUGAUUGAAAAUAGUGCAAAGACGAUGUAUCAAAGCUUAACUGAAAAAUCGUAUUGUUUUGUGAAAAAUACUGUAUAUGCUUAUUUUGAUUGGAUUCCAAACCAACAUUUUAAAACAGUCAGGACAGGGGCAGGAUAACAGUCUUAAUCUGCAUUCAUGGAUGCAAUGAACCAUUUACUCGUUCAAUGGUUCUUGGAAGUAGUUUUGAGCCAAUGCAGUGAUUUACACCACACAGUCAUAUCUUUUUCAAAGCAGAGCCACCCAAGGGCCUAAAAAUCUCCUUUUAUAACCCUGUUCCAUCUGUGCAGAGAUUUCCCCAGCUUCUCAGAAAUGAAUUGGAGAUGAUAAAAUACCCAUCGCCUUUGCAUUUUUAUGCUGAGAAACGUUAUACUUGAUUCCCUCAUGAAGGCUCUCACAGGCUUUGUGUCCCCUAAACUAAACUCAAACUCUCAGCCUUAAUCACAUUCACAUUGUCUCAUCCUUUCACCAACGCUGUUCUUAAGAGUUUCAUUUUCUUCACAGUAAACUCCUUCCUUAUGGCCUCGGGAGUUCCCAGUCUGGUCGUCGCCGCCGCUCAGCUGACCGUUGUGAAUGCCGCAACCCAGCUGAUAAGACCUGCUUGGGCUUCUGCCACACAAGGUGAGCACUAACCAUCCUUUAUCAACCUAAGGCAUGGCAUGGCUUUCUCAUCACGUAGCUACCUUUGGUUGCUAGAUCGUAUCAUUAUAGAUUCUGUAUCUCUCUUCUGCAUCAGCCACGUUUGACAAGCCUUAACACUGUCUUAAUGCCGAGGAUCAGUCAGAGAGGCAGCAAAGUGAUUCAGUCUUUGAUAAUGCAGAUAGGGGUAGUAGUCACAUUGUCGAGAGCGGCCCGCAUUUCCUUAAACACCUUAAAAGAAGUCGCAACAGUUAUUAGCAAUGCUUCUAUUUUUGGAGGGUUUUGGUUCCUACUCUACCCGUAGGAAUUCUUGUUGCGUCUUUAGUUUAUUGUCAUCAUCAGUCCACCAGUAUGAAUAAGUCAUCAUCUCUAGAUGAUAUCUGAAGUGAUGUUUUUCAAGCCUCGCCCUGCAUUCCUGCCCAUAAGGCAUCCAAAAUAUAUUAGGCUAGAAUUCCAAGAAAAUUGCUUGGCAACACUAAAACAUUUAGCUUCAAGAGUUGAACUACUGCAAAACAAAAUCUUAGCCAGAAGGGCUUUAAUUGCUCGAGACAUAAGGGUGUUGUCCUUGUUUUAAUGCUGCUUCCUUGUCUGUCCACAGCCAAGAUAAUCCAAGGACAAGAGACUUGAAUCCACUGGAUGAAUCUGCAAGCAUGAACAGGAACAAACUGCUAGACUCUUUCAGGUAAGUCAUGAAGAAAUCAAGCAUCAGUUUUGGAGUCUAAGAUAUGUCAUAAUUUUUCAGAUAUAUGAAGAUAUAUCUAAUCUUUUUUUCCUUUUGUUGCUCUGCAGAUCUAUGGUCAAGACCAACAUGGCAAUUGCACAAAGUACACUGUCACUGAGCAAGAAUCCUGGUGGGGUUAACAGGCUGCCAACAAGCAGGACAAGAAGGUAAAGGACUGAGACAGCACCAGAAGCAGUUCGACUGUAAUGGAUUCAACAUCCGCAGACCUGUCCAACUGUCUACCAUGACAAGAUCAGAGUAGUAGCAACUCUGGGGAUGUGGACGCGUGACAUCAAGUGCAAAGGAUUAAGCAUUUGAUCAAAAAAACAGAGCUGUAAAGGACUGGCAGCUUACCAAGACUGAAGCCCUUCAGCAAAAGCAAGGUGGGGUGGAUGUUUGGAGUCGGUCCUUGAACGCUCUGAACUUUUUUGAACUCACAUGCAGAGAGAGGAAGGAUCCAUUAAAAACCAAGGACUAUAAAACUGAUAGAGCAGCCGUGUCAAGACAGACUAAUGGGUCCCUACUGUGGUCUUUUGUUUUUUUUUUGGCCAUUGACUCAUUGGAUGGGAUAUUUUUAAACCCUCCAGUUAUAUUCGCUUGAGUAGACAACUAAAAUCACUGAGUCAUGUCAACUCCGUCUUUGGUUGGGAACUGUUUGCCUUUGUUUACUCCACUCUGUCACUGCUGGCCUUUGGUCCAGUUUAUAUUCCUCUGUAUCAGAGCCAGAAUCUGUCCUCCUGCCUAAUGUUUAGGGAAAUUAGCAUGUAGCUUUCUGAAUUAUCAGGCAGUACUUGAAAACGGCACUUUGUCCACCACUGGCACACAAUGCCUCAGUGAAAUGAAGGUCAUCUAUCUAACAAACAAUUAGCUUUAUACAAGGUCCAUUGUCAGCAUCAUAUACUGCAUACUUUCUGCUAGCACAACAGCUACAGUGGCUCUAUUGUGUUGGCCCCUGUGUUUGUUGCAUAUGUCCUGUUUAAUGUUUUCAUUGAAGAUAAGCCAGAAGGUUUCAAUAAUGCGCCGCUUGCCAAAAAUGCGACAAUUGUUUUUCACUCCUGACAAAUGUUCCCUUAAUUCCUCUAUGAUUGACCCCUGGGGAGUUAUGACUCUUAACUCGUGUUGUGCACUUCAAAAGCUGUUAAUCCACAUCCUGCACUUUUUCUUGACCCUGUUAUAUUGUUGUCUACUGAUGGACACAUGAAGGGUUGAACUCACUCAGAAAAUACUUAUCCUCACAUAUCCUAAUGCUGUAUGGGAUGUAUUUUCACCUGCUCAGAUGUUUACUGUCAGAAAACUGAUGAUGGAUAUAAGUGUGUAAAGAACAUUUAUUUAUUCUCUAACUUAUUAUGGGAUGUAUUUAUAUUUUGUAUGAAUGAUGCACUGAUCUCCGCAUAAGAAAAUAAAAAAUACAACAAAUGA